UGAUAUCCUAAUAAGUGGACCUCUGAACAUCACAAAGGACAAGGUCACCUCUGGAGAGUUUGUCCUCAGAUGGACACCCAGGAGUGAUGACAUUGGCGAAUAUUUUCCCAUCUGUUUCAUUGCUGAGAGCUCAGUGAAUAAUACUUCCACCUUCUAUCAGUCUGACAUGAGAUGUGUCAUUGUUCAUGUCGGACUUGAACAUGUUGGACGUGAACAGGUUGCUUCAGCUAAAGUGAUUUGCUCUGAGAAUUUUAUGGCCAUUGAAGUGGACAAAUCACUAUCAGACAGCAUCAGACUAAAUGAGGAUCACCUACGACUCACUGACCCAUCUUGCACACUCUACUCCAACGGCAGUCAUGUCUUUGCCAACAUGUCUCUCAACACCUGUGGCACUGAAGUGGAGGAGGAUGAAAACAAUCUCAUCUUCAGGAAUGAAAUUGUGUCAUUUGAUAACACAAAUGACAUUAUAACAAGAGACCAACAGGUGGAGCUAAGGUUCUUCUGCAAGUACCCUAAAAAAAGCAGUGUGUCCAUAGAGUUUGAUGCUCACAGAGGCCCUUAUGUAUUCAUACAAAAAGGAUUUGGAACUUUCAGCUUUGAGUUUGAAUUCUUCCAAUCAAGUCAAUUUCAAAAUCGGAAGGACCCCAACUCCUAUCCCCUGGAGUAUGAUCUUGGUGAAAUGAUGUACAUGCAGAUCGAAGGCAUCUCUCCAGUCAGCAAUACAGAGCUCUUUGUCGAGUCUUGCACUGCCAGUCCCAGUGAUCACUCUCAAGCCCAUGUUUCCUAUGCAAUCAUUCAAAAUGGGUGCAAGGAAGAUGAAACAGUGCAAUUCUACUCGAACCAUACAAAUAAAGUCCAGUUUGGAAUGAAGGCAUUUAAAUUCAUUGGAUGGCAGGACCAGGUUUACAUCACUUGCUCAGUCAUACUGUGUGAGGCUGGACAUCCCAACACCAGAUGUUCUCAGGGCUGCACCAAUGCCACUGCCCCACCUGCAGUGCAUCACCAUCACAGGAGAGAGGUUACCAUUCAGACCACCAGUCACUCCAUCUCCCAGGGGCCCGUGCGGCUCAGCAGGAAUGCUGACAUCAAGAGUGCUCCAAGCACAGUGCUAAACGAUGGAUUGAACAUGAAUCUUGUUUUCCUCACUGGAUGCCUGCUGGCAGUUGUUGCCAUGGUGUGUGGUGUACUGAUCUACACAAGGCGACCUAGGAUUGAAUAUCAGUUACUACCUUCUUCCAACUAGGUAGCCUUCAUGCACAGCACAUACGUAUACAGAGACUUGUCUUGAAACAAACUAUAUAAACUCCUGGGUUGUGUUUAAAAAUGGCUAAAAACAGCUGAUUAAAUAGAUACACAUUAUUUCCAUGUGCAAUAAUUACAUAUUACUUUUAUUUUUUGGGUUGUGUUUAAAAAUGGUUUAAAACAGCUGAUUAGAUAGAUACACAUUAUUUCCAUGUGAAAUAAUUACAUAUUACUUUCAUUUUUGGGGUUAUGUUUAAAAAUGGCUGAAAACAGCUGAUCAAAUAGAUACACAUCAUUUCCAUGUGAAAUAAUUACAUAUUACUUUUAUUUUUUAGAAAAUGUAACUGUUGGUAAUAAAUGCAUGCUU